AUGAGAAAGAAUAAGGUAAUUAAUAAUCUUGAGGACCAAAUAAGAUCAUUAAAGGAUUAUAAUAUACCUUUUAAAUAUUAUAACCCAUCAAAUAAUAUAAAUAUUAGAAAUUAUUUAAGUGAAAAUAAUAUCAAAUAUAAAUGUCCGUCUAAUGCUUAUUUAAGUCUUAAUGAAUUAUUAGAAAUUGUUGACGGGUUAAAUUAUUCUGAAAAAUCUAACAUUAAUCUUAUAGAUUAUAAUUUUGAAAGGAGCAAAAAUGAAAUAAUAAUUGAGAGCAUAAAUAAAAACGAAAAACAAUUUGGGAAACAAAUUGAGUUCAGUGAAGAUGCAAAGAAGAGGGUAUUCAUAAAUAAAACAAGUACAUAUAAGCAACCUUAUUAUCGUGACAAUGGCAAGAAUAAUAGCAAUUACCGAAAUUGUGGAAAUUAUCAAUAUAAUAACAAUUAUCAGAAUUGUGUCAUUGUUUCAAAUAACAAUGAGAUUUGCUCAUCAAAUAGUACAUUAUCUAAGCCAAAUGAAAGUAAAAAUAUAACACAUGAGAACAAGAUGUGUGUGCAAACAUCUCUAUCAUCAGUUAAUAAUAACGAUAGUAGCUUGUUAAAAAAUUUAUUAGAGUGUAGAAGUAAUUUAUCCAAAUGGAAUAACAUAGACCCUGAAAAAGUAAUUAGUACAAAAAAUUUAAAAUUGCUAUUGCUGCAUCGUCCGAAUUCUAUCGACGAUAUUAAGAACUUAAACUUAACCGGUUUUGGUGAAGAUAAAAUUAGGAAAUAUGGAUAUGAUUUCUUAGAUGUUUUCUUAUUAAGUUACUGCGAAAAAAAUAAAGAAAAGAUUAGAUAA